UCUACUCACAUAGCCCACACAAACCCCUUCAGUCGCCCCCGAACACACGCACACAAAGACACAUCAAGCUCAGCGCUCGAUUUCGGCCGUCAAUGGCGGCCUCUGAGACCUCCAAUGGGACUACCUUAAGGCAUGCUUUUGGAAAUGUCUUCGCAUUAUUCAUCCUUCUAUUAAUCGGUGUUCUCGCGUUCUCGAUCCGAUUAUUCUCUGUCAUUAAGUAUGAGAGUGUCAUUCAUGAGUUUGAUCCUUAUUUUAAUUACAGAGUUACUCAGUUUCUGACUAAGAAGGGGAUAUAUGAUUUUUGGAACUGGUUUGAUGAUCGGACAUGGUAUCCUCUUGGUCGUGUGAUUGGUGGUACUGUUUUCCCUGGAUUGACCUUGACAGCAGGAACCAUUUGGUGGAUAGUAAACUCUUUGAACAUUCCUCUAUCAGUGGAAACUGUAUGUGUUUUUACUGCACCUAUAUUCUCAGCUUUUGCUUCAUGGGCAACUUACCUUCUGACUAAGGAAGUCAAGGGUGUUGGUGCUGGGCUGACUGCUGCAGCACUUUUGGCCAUGGUUCCAUCAUACAUAUCUCGAUCUGUGGCUGGAAGUUAUGACAAUGAAGCUGUAGCAAUAUUUGCUUUGAUCUUCACUUUCUAUCUUUAUAUAAAGACACUAAAUACAGGUUCCCUCUUUUAUGCAACUUUAAACGCCAUAGCAUACUUUUACAUGGUUUGCUCUUGGGGAGGCUACACCUUUAUCAUUAAUCUUAUUCCAAUGCAUGUCCUUCUGUGCAUUGUAACUGGACGCUACUCUUCUCGACUGUACAUUGCUUAUGCUCCUCUUGUUGUCUUGGGAACAUUAUUAGCUGCAUUAGUACCUGUAGUUGGAUUCAACGCAGUGAUGACAUCGGAACAUUUUGCCUCCUUCUUGGUUUUCAUUAUUAUCCAUGUGGUGGCUCUUGUAUAUUAUAUCAAAGGGGUCCUCUCUCCAAGAAUGUUUAAAGUAGCUGUCACACUUGUUUUAUCUGUUGGCCUGGUUGUGUGUUUUGCUGUAAUUGCAGUACUCGUAGCUCUGGUAGCCUCCAGCCCAACAAAGGGAUGGAGUGGAAGAAGCCUGAGUCUACUUGAUCCAACAUAUGCAAGCAAGUACAUACCAAUUAUUGCCAGUGUUAGUGAGCAUCAGCCCCCUACUUGGCCUUCUUACUUUAUGGACAUCAAUGUUUUAGCAUUCUUGGUUCCAGCUGGGAUUAUUGCAUGCUUUUCACCUUUAUCUGAUGCAAGCUCUUUUGUGAUCCUCUAUAUUGUAACAUCAGUUUAUUUUUCUGGAGUCAUGGUGCGCCUUAUGCUGGUUCUUGCUCCAGCAGCCUGCAUCAUGUCUGGGAUUGCUCUCUCUGAAGCUUUUGAAGUUUUCACACGAUCAAUCAAGUUUCAGUUACCUGGAGCACCAAUAGAUUCCCAAGUUGAUGCAGGGGAUAAAAGCUCUGAUAACACCACAGCACAGAACGAUGUGGCAAAGACUGAAAAAAGUGAAGAUACAAUAAAGGAGCGACCUUCAAGAAAGAACAAGAAGAAGGAAAAGGAGCCUGUGGGACAGCCAUCUGUCAAGUCUAGAUUUGAGAAGAGGCUUCUGGUUUUACCAUUGGAGGCAUCUAUAUUGGCUAUUUUCUUGCUUGUGUUGCUUGGGGCCUUCUAUGUGGUUCAUUCUGUCUGGGCAGCAGCAGAAGCUUACUCAGCCCCAUCUAUUGUUCUAACAUCUCAUUCGCAUGAUGGUCUCCAUGUUUUUGAUGAUUUUAGAGAGGCUUAUGCAUGGUUAAGCCACAAUACGGAGGUGGAUGAUAAAGUUGCAUCUUGGUGGGAUUAUGGGUACCAAACUACUGCAAUGGCUAAUCGUACUGUCAUUGUUGACAAUAAUACCUGGAACAACACACAUAUUGCAACUGUCGGUACUGCCAUGUCUUCUCCAGAGAAGGCAGCUUGGGAAAUAUUUAAUUCAUUGGAUGUAAAAUAUGUUCUUGUUGUUUUUGGAGGUCUGGUUGGCUACCCAAGUGAUGAUAUAAAUAAGUUCCUGUGGAUGGUCCGUAUAGGUGGGGGUGUAUUCCCUCACAUAAAGGAACCUGAUUACCUAAGAGAUGGUCAGUAUCGGAUUGAUUCUCAGGCCACUCCGACCAUGCUGAAUUGCCUCAUGUACAAACUCUCAUAUUACAGGUUUGUGGAGACAGAUGGUAAAGGCUUUGAUAGAGUGAGGCGGACAGAAAUUGGGAAGAAAUAUUUCAAACUCAACUAUUUUGAAGAGGUCUUCACGACUCACCAUUGGAUGGUUCGGAUAUACAAACUGAAACCUCCAAAGAACAGGAUUCGGGGGAAGACAAAGAAAUCCAAAUCGAAAACAAGCUCAAAAACUGGUAAAAGAAGCGGAACAAAGAAGAAUCCUUGGCAUUGAAAGCCAACUAUCCCUUCAAAAUGAGCAGAUCUCUGAGUAACUUUUAUCUUUUAAUCCAUAUUAAUCAGGGCCUUUAGAGAGUGAUUGGUGUAGGCAUAGUGGUGAUCAUUUCUUUAGAGAGAUGAUAAUGAUCGACAAUGAUUUUGCAGGCUCAUAUCAGGAUCUUGUAUACUUGUGUUUGUUUUGUUUUUUUUUUUUUUACAAUGUAAUCUUUUUUAACACAUUGUUAGGUACGAAAAAUGGAAAAGGAAGAACUCAAAAAUUUUGGUUAAGUUGCUUCGGCUCCUUAUCAAUCAUAACAUGAUAACAGUGAUAUAAUGAGUUUGUACCUUUGAAGGGCCA